CAGGCACCGCCUCCCGUUCCCGCCCCGCGCCUCGCAGCGCUUAGGCUUCGGCACUCUGGGGGCCGAGUCCCAGUGCAGCUCCAGCCGACCCCCGGGACGCAGACAAGGGCAGGCGCGCGGUGAGGACUGCGGCCGGCCGCGUAGCCGCGCUCUGGUCCAGGGGGCCAUCUCUUGGGCUGCGCACCCUCUGGAACUGCGUCAGGAUCCUCCACGAGCCUCCCACUCUCUUCUGCCCGCUUGCGAACAUGUGGCCCUUCAAGCCCGGUGCCCCGCUGCCCGCACUCCUCCUGCUGGCGCUGGCUUUGUCCCCGCCCGGAGCCCACGGGAGGCCGCGGGGGCGCAGGGGAGCGCACGUCACGAAUGAGGAGCCCAAGCCGUUACUUUUCCUCCCCGCGGCCGGGGCAGGCCGGACUCCCAGCGGCUCCCGGAGCGCAGAAAUAUUCCCAAGAGAUUCUAACUUAAAAGACAAAUUCAUAAAGCAUUUCACAGGGCCAGUCACAUUUUCACCAGAAUGCAGCAAACAUUUCCACCGACUCUAUUACAAUACCAGGGAGUGCUCAACACCAGCUUAUUACAAAAGAUGUGCUAGAUUGUUAACAAGAUUAGCAGUGAGUCCACUGUGCUCCCAGACCUAGCAAACCUACCCUGCAUUUCCUAACAAUGUACAUCUAAUGUGAAGAAAAAGUGCCUCAAAUCAUGCAAAAUGUAAAAAAAAGAUGAAAUUUAUAAUUUUAUGGAUAUGAAGAUGAGUAAAAUAAGAGACUUCCCAGAAAUAACUGGUAGCUGUGUCCUGUCACAGAAUGGAGUCUUUCUUGCUUUAUCUUUCUGUGUAUACAGUAAUUUAUAAUUUUGUAAAACAGAGUUUGAAUCACAUAUUGAAAAUGAGAUAUUAAAAAUUAUGUGAUUGUAUUUUAUUUUUACUAGAUAUAUUAUUUUCUUUAUAAUUAAUUAAACAUAUAAUUGUGUAAAUUAUAUCUGAGAGUACCAGUGAGAAAUAAUGAUUUUUUUGUAUAUGACUGUUAGUAAUAUAUUUGUCAAAUCAUCAUGUGCCAAGUUAAAUUUUAUAAUUCUUAUUUAAUAUUUAAAUACAUUUAUUUAGAACUUGUUGUCUUCACUUGCAUUAAUUUGAAAUGUGAAUUUUAUUAAAGCUGAAAUAUGAAAAAAUGUGUUGUUUCCUUUGAAUUAAAGAUGUUUGUAAUAGA